AUGAAAGGGGUCUUCACUAACUCUCGACCUCAGGGUCCUGGCUCCCUCCUGGUCUCUCCCAUCAGCUCCCCCGACUCAGGCUCCGGCCCCCUCAGACCAAUCAUCAGCUAUCCCUCCGGACUCUGCUACCGUCCCCCUCCCGGCCCCGGCCCCCACCACAUCCCUCCUCCCCCACCCCCACCCUUCAUGCCUCCCGUGUACCGACCAGACAACGGACACUCAGGCAUCAUGCCUCCCGGACCCCCACCGCCUAACGGACACCCGCCUGGUCCCAUGAUCCCACCCGAAUAUCGGCCUCCACCACCUGGUGCUUACAGUCCCCCUUCCCCACACAACCGGUGCCCUCCUCCACCUUCUCACUAUGGACCGGUGCCUCCCCCAUUCGGUGUUUCCAGCGGCACUCCUAUGGCCCGACCCAUGGGACCCCCACGUACCUACGUGCACUAUGGACCACGUGAUCAUUCCAUCCCACCCCAGCACCUGCCCCCUUGGGCGGCCCCAUACCCUCCUCACGGCGGCCCCAGAGACUUCCCUGGGCAGCCCCCCAUGCAGCCACAGGCCCCCCAUGGCCAUGACUCUUCUGUGGGCCCCCAGCCCGGCAUUGGCUCCCAGGGCCAGGGGCAAGACUACAGCUCCCAGCAGGCAACAGCUGCCCCCCAGGACUCAGUCAGCUCUGCCAUGGCAGAGCCUUAGACACCCACCAACCGUUAACGACCCGGCUACAUUUAAUCAACCACGAUUCAUCUCUUUAUUUUUUAGUAUCUUUUCUUAAAGUAUCUUAAAUGUUAGUGUUCCUAUUAAAGCAUCAGAAAAUCAA